GCUUCCUGCAGGCGGGUGGUAGCGGCGGCUGGUCGCGCGACCCGGACCCGGUUUCCCCUCGUUGCAAGCUAAGAAUCACGAUUACUGAAAACUUGUAAAAGGCUUAGUAAUCCGUCUGUUGCAGAAUAACCAUGGAAGAGACGAGGUAGCCACCCAAGAGUGAGCCAAAGUCCUAUUUCAAUGGAUACGAAAUAUAAAGACGAUUUAUUUAAGAAGUAUGUACAGUUCCAUGAAUCCAAAUUGAAUGCUUCUGACAACAAACAGCGCCCUGUUAAUGAUGAAUAUCUGCGAGUGGCAGCAUCAGCCUUACUCUGCCUUCCCAAGAUUGAUCCCUUUUAUAGAUUCCGGUUGAUUAAAUUUUAUGAGAUGGCUGAAAAUUCACUAAGAUCCCUGAAAUCCUCAAAUUUACGUUCUCUCCAUACUGCAUUCGCUAUGCUGGAGAUGAUAGGAAUUAAUCUCUUUCUUUACCCUUGGAAGAAGGAAUUCAAAACUAUAAAGACCUACACGGGACCUUUUGUUUAUUAUGUAAAGUCCACACUACCUGAGGAGGAUGUAAGACAGAUUCUGAACUACAUGGGGUAUGUCCAAGAACUGGGAACCAUGUAUAAGCUCAAAGAGCUGGUUGAUGCCUUCCAAGUGAAAAUGGUUUCAUUUGAACUCUUUUUGGCAAAAAUAGAGUGUGAACAACUGCUUGAAAUUCACUUGCAAGUGAAGGAUAAAGGUUAUUUGGAGCUUGAUGUUGUAAAUGAGCGAAAAAAUAGCAAUGAAGAUGUUAGAGGCUGCUCAGAAGCUAUGAAACGGCGCACAGAAUGCAAAGAAAACUUGAACACUUCUAUGGCACGCAUGGUUCUUCAGAAAUCUGCUAGUGAAAGAGCCUCUAAAGUUUACUUCAAGCCAAAAGUAAGCAAGCCUUCUAAAUCCGUGGAUACAUAUGACAGCUAUUGGGAAAACAAGAAACCACCAUUGAUGACUUCGUUGAGUCUCAGAAAAGAACCAAUUUUGGUUGAUACAGAAGAUGACAUUAAAGAUGAAAUAAUACGUCCAUCACCAUCUCUUCUUACUAUGUCAAGCUCUCCACAUGGGUGUUCAGAUGAAUUUCUGCCAAUUUCAUCCCAUCCCAAUGGCAUGUUGAGAACAAAUGUCCCCUACAACUCCUAUUUUUCUGCUCAAGAAGACUUAGACUUAUAUACCGAUCCUGAUUCUAGAAGUGUGUUAAAUUUUAAAAGACAAGACGUUAGUAAACCUGAUGUAUGGCUAAUAAGAAAUGAUGCCAAUCCUAUUUACCACAAACGUACGCAUCUAGCCAAAGAGACAACUUCCCUGAAGUGCCAGAAUUGUGGCAUAACUUGCGGCGCUUCUGUUUGCCAAAAGUGUGACAAUCUGCUCAUCUAUAGGCAGGAAUAUCCAGCAGUGAAACAGAGCAGUUAUUCAAUCAAAACAAUUCCAAAUGAUAGCUUGUCUCCUGGCUCUGCUUUAAGAGAGAAAUCUCCGUAUGCAUUACAGACUCAGAGUCAAGAGCGAGCUGCUCAGCUCAGUUCAAAAUCCAAGCCUUCAGGCACCCUGCGCUGUGGCUUCUGUAACCGAUCUGGAGCUGCAAACACAUGCACGUUCUGUUCAAAAGUCUCAUGUGAUGCUUGCCUCAAUGCUUACUAUUAUGAUCCCUGCUGUAGAAAGAGUGAGCUACACAGAUUCCUGCCUAACAAUCAAUUAAACUAUAAAUCAACCCAGCUGCCCCAUCUUGUUUAUAGAUAGACUUGAAAUUCUGUGUUUGAGGGGAGAA